AUGUCCUACGAUGAUCCUCCGCCCGUGAACCGAUUCUCCCGCGCCCUCUGGCACUUCAGCCCACAAUGGUUCCUGAUCCCGCAAGGAACCGGCAUCAUCGCGGUCCUCCUGCGCCAACUGCACUAUCAAUUCGGCGCACUUCCCAUCCUCGCCAAAAUCCUCUGGAUCUACACCAUCGCCCUAUUUGGGCUCGCUUUAAUCCUCUAUACCCUCCGCAUCAUCAUCCACCCCCAGCACGUCUCCCACGAACUCCGCACUAACCUCCUCGAAACCUCCUGCCUCGCCAGCAUCUCCAUCACCUUCACCAGCAUCAUCGAGAUGCUCAGCCUCCAGUACGGAUCCCACGCCGCCCUCGCCGCCUACAUCCUCUGGUGCAUCAGCACCUUCCUCGCCGUCCUCGCCGUCAUCGCCAUCCCCUACAUCCAACUCAAGCUCCAGCCCCCGGGCAUCGAACACAUUCCCCCCUCCAUCCUCCUCCCCGUCAUCGCAGCCCUCACCUCCGCCGCAGGCGGCGGCGUCAUCUGCACCGCUGCCCCCAUCAGCCCCCGUCUCCAAGUCCCCGCCAUCAUCAUCUCGUACCUCGAAAUCGGCACCGGGUUCGCCCUCGCCCUGGCCUUCGCCGCCAUCGUCCUCCUCGAACACUUCAAUCGCUCAAACCCCACCCCGGAAAAGGUCUACCAGGACAUGAUCAUCUGCGGGCCCUUCGGCCAGGGCGGGUUUGCGCUGCAGAGUCUCGGAAACGCCGUCCUGCAGGGCUCCUUUGAGGCGUAUGAUCGGGGUACGUUCCUUACUGCCGACGCGGCCCGGCCGAUUGGUCAUAUUAGUCAGUGGGCGGGGCUGAUGUCCUGGGGUUUUGGGACCUUCUGGUGGUGUUUUGCGAUUCUGAGUAUUGUGCAUACGUUGCUGGGUCAGAGGGGUGGGUGGCGCGCGACCAGGUUCAGUAUGGCGUCUUGGGGGUUGGUUUUUCCGUGGGGCGUAUAUACCAACUGUGCGGUCCAGUUGGGGAAGAUCAUGGACUCGCCGGCGCUGCAUGUUUGGUCGACGGUGCUGGUGAUUCUGCUGGUCGUGAUCACUAUCUGGGUAAGUCUUUGUACUGUGAAGGCGAUCGCCACGGGGGAGGUGUUCGGGUUGGAGAAUGGCUGGCGGAGAAGUCGGCUGGAGGUGCUAAAUGGGGAGGGGGAUAAGCUUUCUUAG